UGUGGGUCGGGGUGACCUUGGGGGGGGGGGGCGCGGGUGAAGGAAGGCGCAUCUGACAGCGCGAACUGGAGCGCAAUGGAGGUCCCGCGGCUCCGCGUGACGCGUCUGUCUCCAACUCCAAAAUACCCCGACGCGUGGAUGGAGGAGGAAGCCAAGAGGGGACGCGAGAGGAAGAGCCGAAUCUUUGCCCUUCUUCUGCUUGUUUUAGUUUCGUUCUGAAUGGGCAGCGACAUCAGUAAAAAGAGGAAGAAUGAAGGACCACCUGCUGCGCGUCGACUCAGUCAUGGGUUCCUCUCAAACGUGGGGUUCUCCAUCAAUCUCAGACCGGCCCACUCCGCCGUGUUUUCUCGGCCGGUGGGACCGGACGGCAGGCCCCCCGUCUCCAAACUCCUCCUGUUCCCAGAGGACACAGAGACCACUCCUCCAGCUUUCAUUUCCGUCUUUCUGCCUGAGUUCCCACUGCGGAGACUUCCAGCACGAGACCAUUUCCAGAUCCUGGGCUUCAUUGCCAAAGGCUCAUAUGGACCCAUCUUGAAAGUGAGGGACAUUUUCAAAGAAAAGACCUACGCUGUUAAGGUUCUACCAAAGUCAAAUAUCUUGAAGCAUGGAGUCUUGGAGCAGUCAAAAGAAGAAGUCAUCAUUCAGCGGCAGCUCAAACACCCGUUCAUCCACAAUCUGCAGGACUGCUGGCAGACCCAGCACCAUCUCUUCAUUAUGUGUGACUACUGCAGCAUCGGAGACCUGUUCACCUACUGGUUACUGAGGGGCCAGUUUGGGGAGGACGAUGUCCGGCUCUUUGCUGCGGAGCUGGGCAGUGCGCUGGGCAAGUGUUUGGCUAUUCGUAGCUCAUCGUGUUGCCCUUCAGCAUUGACCUGUAUGAAAGGAUUAUUGAAACAUGGAGCAUCUUGUAUUGAUGUUGUGUUUUCUCAUUUAUUUCUUUUUUUAGGAUUUCUUCAUGACUUAGGCAUCAUGCAUAGAGACAUAAAGAUGGAGAACAUUCUUUUAAGUGAUCAAGGUCACCUUCGCCUGUCGGAUUUUGGACUCGCCCGGCGACUGAAGCGAGGAGGACGAGCGUUUACAAUAUGUGGAACCAUUCAAUACAUGGCUCCAGAAGUUUUAAGCGGAGGUCCGUACAACCACGCGGCCGACUGGUGGUCUUUUGGCGUUAUGUUGUUCUCACUGGUGACGGGAGAGUUUCCGCUACCAGCCGAGUCGGACCACAGCACCAUGUUGAACAAGGUCACAGAUUUCCCUUAUGUUCUACCUGAGACCUUAAGCUCUUCUUUGAUCCUACUGCUCUCGGAGCUUUUGUGCAAGAAUCCAGUGAAUCGGCUUCGUAACCUGGAGUGUUUCGAGAUGCAGGCCUUUUUUCGUGGCACUUCAUUCGAUUCUCUCAUCCUUCAAAAGAUGCCUGUUGGAGUCAUCCUGGAGCUCAGGACUCAACCUGAUUGGGCCGCAAAAGCAAUGAGGGGCCUUUCAUUGGACUACUUUGAAAACUUUGACUGUGAUAAAAUCCUUUAUUCCCCUGAGCUGUCUCCUGCACUGACCGACACGGACUCCCCGGGCCCGGAUACUGAACAGAAUUGUUAAGCACAAGACUGACAUAUGUUUAAGAUUUAAGAUGAUUGUAAAUGAGACAUUAUUCCCUCGAAUUUUAAAAAUCAAAAAGUAUUUAAUAACUAAACAAAAGAAUUAGGAAUACAAUCUACAAAGUGAAAUACAAUGUGAAUAGUGAUAUAUUUCGCAAAAUAGAGAAUUCUCAGACCAAGUCAAAGGUGAUUAUCAAAGCGGCUGCAGGACAAUUCUACAAGUUCUUCCCUGUGUCUCACAAACUACAAUUCUACACUAAAUAUUACUACAUGUAAUAUACAUCCCACCUCUAGGUGUGCACUUCUUCUUCAAUCCCUAACAGUAUCUAAGAAUUCAAGAGCGUUGUGUGAUACAUUUUAUGUUCCUCAUUGUAGGUACAGUUAAAGUAUUGGAGUUCUAUGAAAUGCUUUAGCUUUAUAUUUCAACAUUUUGUCUUCCUAGAAACAGUUAAGAUCUAUGAUCUGUAUGCACUUUUGAUUUUCCCCCUCUUUAUUUUUUCAUUGUUUGAAUAACAUCUCAUCAGCAAAAAAAAAGUCUGGUAUUGUUUCCCAAUCGCUGUCCUCUGGUCUCCAAAGUUAAAUCUUCAUAUGUGCGUCAUUCGAAUUUUACUAUUAAAAUAUUUUUAUUGUACAGGGAGAUUCUAACUAUUCUACAUUUCCUUGAACCUGUUGAAAUAAAUUAAAUUGACUCAAGAUCCACUUUCUAGACUUUUUUGGAUCUUUCCAAGGCAUCUCACAGAUAAAUCACCAGUACAUGUGAAUACCUGCUGUCGUGUUGUAUAAGUUCCAUACCGUUUGAGUUUCAGUUCUCUGAACACUUUUGAGUUCUUGCCCAUGUGGUCUCAAAUGUGACAUUGAAGCUUUAGUCUUGACUCUAGUUGCUACUGUGGGAGUCUAGAAUGAACAUCUAGAAAU